CGCAGCUCCCGCAGUUCGGAGUCCGCACCUCGGAGCCGGGCCUGGAGGGGGAGCGUGUGAGGGCGGCCUCUGUUCCCGAAGGAGGGGAUCAUGGCCUCCAUGCUGCUCACCCGGCGGCUGGCCUGCAGCUUCCAGCACAACUGCCGUCUGCUCGUGCCCGGAUCCAGGCAUAUCAGUCAGGCUGCAGCCAAAGUCGACGUGGAAUUUGAUUAUGAUGGGCCUCUGAUGAAGACAGAAGUCCCGGGGCCUAAAUCUCGGGAGCUAAUGAAACAGCUGAAUAUGAUUCAGAACGCAGAGGCUGUGCACUUCUUCUGCAAUUACGAAGAGAGCCGAGGCAAUUACCUGGUCGACGUGGAUGGCAACCGAAUGCUGGAUCUCUAUUCCCAGAUCUCCUCGGUCCCCAUAGGUUACAACCAUCCUGCGCUCAUGAAGCUCGUCCAACAGCCUCAGAAUGCGAGCACGUUCAUCAACAGACCUGCCCUGGGAAUCCUGCCUCCGGAGAACUUCAUGGAGAAGCUGCAGGAGUCCUUGCUCUCGGUGGCUCCCAAAGGGAUGUCCCAGCUCAUCACCAUGGCCUGCGGCUCCUGCUCCAAUGAAAACGCCUUCAAGACCAUCUUCAUGUGGUACCGGAACAAGGAAAGGGGUCGAACGGGUUUCUCCAAAGAGGAGCUGGAGACGUGCAUGGUCAACCAGGCCCCUGGCUGCCCCGACUACAGCAUGCUCUCCUUCAUGGGCGCAUUCCACGGGAGGACCAUGGGUUGCUUAGCGACCACACAUUCCAAAGCUAUUCACAAGAUCGACAUCCCUUCCUUCGACUGGCCCAUCGCACCGUUCCCACGGCUGAAGUACCCUCUGGAGGAGUUUGUGAAGGAGAACCAGCAAGAAGAGGCCCGCUGCCUGGAAGAGGUGGAGGACCUGAUCGUGAAAUACCGGAAAAAGAAGAGGACGGUGGCCGGGAUCAUCGUGGAGCCCAUUCAGUCCGAGGGUGGAGACAACCACGCCUCCGACGACUUCUUCCGGAAGCUGAGAGACAUCUCCAGGAAGCAUGGCUGUGCCUUCUUGGUGGAUGAGGUCCAGACAGGAGGGGGCUGCACCGGCAAGUUCUGGGCCCAUGAGCACUGGGGCUUGGAUGACCCUGCAGACGUGAUGACCUUCAGCAAGAAGAUGAUGACCGGGGGCUUCUUCCACAGGGAGGAGCUCAGGCCCAAUGCCCCGUACCGGAUCUUUAACACCUGGCUGGGGGACCCGUCCAAGAACCUGCUGCUGGCCGAGGUCAUCAAUGUCAUCAAGCGGGAGGACCUGCUGAAAAACGCAACCCAUGCCGGGAAGGCCCUGCUCACGGGGCUGCUGGACCUCCAGGCCCGGUACCCCCAGUUCAUCAGCAGAGUGAGAGGACGAGGCACCUUCUGCUCCUUUGACGCUCCAGAUGAGUCCACGCGGAAUAAACUCAUUUCAAUAGCCAGAAGCAAAGGUGUGGUGUUGGGAGGCUGUGGCGACAAAUCCAUCCGCUUCCGUCCCACUCUGGUCUUCAGGGAUCACCACGCACACCUGUUCCUCAAUAUUUUCAGCGACAUCUUAGCCGACUUCAAGUAAAGAAGCCAUUUCCACUAUGCUCUGAGAAAGCCCUGAUCUCAGCAGUUGUCAAAUUGAUUAGUUUGCCUAAUUCAUGUUUUCAC